CCUUCGCUCUUGUUUGCGUUUCUUCCCAGGAGGAGUCGCUGUGGUUCGGUUCUCACCCGAUAUUGCUGAUCUCAGCCUUACUCCCAUUAUCACAGUACUAUCGGACCCAGCCCCAGGACAUCGCGACAUGGGCACCCGGGACGAUGAGUAUGAUUAUUUAUUCAAAGUGGUUCUGAUUGGAGACUCUGGAGUGGGGAAGAGUAAUCUGCUGUCUCGUUUCACUCGCAAUGAGUUCAACCUGGAGAGCAAAAGCACCAUCGGGGUGGAAUUUGCUACUCGGAGCAUCCAAGUUGAUGGCAAGACCAUAAAGGCACAAAUUUGGGACACAGCAGGACAGGAAAGAUACAGAGCCAUCACAUCUGCUUAUUACCGGGGUGCAGUAGGAGCCCUGCUAAUCUAUGACAUUGCUAAACAUCUGACAUACGAAAAUGUGGAACGUUGGCUCAAGGAGCUGAGAGACCAUGCAGAUAACAACAUAGUCAUAAUGCUGGUUGGGAACAAAAGUGAUUUGCGGCAUCUCAGAGCAGUUCCAACAGACGAAGCACGGGCUUUUGCUGAAAAGAACAACUUAUCAUUCAUUGAAACCUCUGCACUGGAUUCUACUAAUGUAGAGGAGUCAUUCAAGAAUAUUUUAACAGAAAUCUACCGCAUUGUGUCACAGAAGCAGAUUGCGGACAGGUCAGCCCAUGAAGAUUCACCAGGAAAUAAUGUGGUGGAUAUCAGCGUUUCUCCAACCAUGGAUGGGCAGAGACCUGGCAAACUUCAGUGCUGUCAGAAUCUCUAAGGAUCUUUACGAAGCCUGUUGUUACAUUGGAGAGAUAUGAACUCACAUUUAGCUCUGGCACAACUGCGGUUAACCCACUAAGUGCACCAGAGGCCUCAGCAAGCAAGUGCCAUGGUUAAUCUCACCUCACCCCAGUUCAGUGUCAGUUCCCAUGGUAUGGCUAACUUAUAUUGAGUAUUGACACCGCGGAUGCUGAAGACACACCGGCUGAAAAGACAAAGUUUAAAUCUUUGGAAACUGUGAAAACGUAGCAUCCUUUACUUUGAACUUGACAAAAGUGAUAGCUGAGAUACCAGUAAAGUCAUCAUGUGAUGUUGCAUAUCUCUGUCAUGUGACAACUUGCUGCUGGUCACAAAAGUUAGCCUUCUUUGGGGUACAGUUAUGUAAGUUGCAAAUGCAUCCCUCUCAUAUGUGUUCCAUUCACUGUAAAAAGUACAACCAAAAAAAACAAGAAAUACAAACAAAAACACUUUAGCUAACACUCUUAUUAUUUGUACAGCAUAUACACACGCCAUUUUAGAAAACCUUUUCUUCUCAUAACAUAUGAGUAAGUCCCAACUGAGUUAUUUAAUAUAUAUAGGUGUUGCAA